GACGACCAGGCAACACUCACGUCCAGUCCGGUCUGCCGAGACGAGUACCUGCUCCUAUAGCCACCACGACCACCACGUCAAGCACACGACCACCACGAUGAGAUCGACUUUGUUCGCGGUGUGCGCAAUCGCGCUGUGCGCGCACUGUCUGGCCGCCGACGACAAGUCGGCCAAGAAGACAGAGGCCGCAGCCGACAGCAAGGCCCAGGGUAAGAGGAGCCUGUUCGACACCGGCUACGGUUUCGGUGGCGCGUCUGCCGACAGCUACGGACACGCCGACAUCCUGUCCGCGGGUUACGGACACGGACUCAUCUCUUCCGGCGGUUACGGAGCUGGUUACGCCGACUUCGGUGCACACAGCGCAUACCCCGUUGGCGGACACGAUUCUUUCGCGGCGUACGGUGGACACGAAGUGUACCAACACCACGUUCCAGUCAAGACCAUCACCAAGAGCGUUGCUCUGCCAUACCCAGUUGAGGUAGCCAAGCCAUACCCAUACCCCGUCAAGGUAGCCGUGCCAGUCGACCGCCCAUACACCGUGGACGUGCCCCAGCCAUACGCCGUGCACGUGGCCAAACCCUACCCAGUCAAGGUGCCAGUGGCACAACCGUACCCAGUCGUCAAGGAGGUUCCAGUGCCCGUUAAGGUACCAGUCGACCGCCCAUACCCAGUGCACGUAGACAAGCCUUACCCAGUGUACGUCGAGAAGCAAGUGCCAUACCCAGUAGAGAAGGCAGUCCACUACCCAGUCAAGGUACCAGUUGACCGUCCCUACCCAGUGCACGUACCAGUCGAGAAGAUCGUACCAUACCCAGUAGAGAAGGCAGUCCACUACCCAGUCAAGGUGGCCGUCGACCGUCCAUACCCAGUGCCAGUCGAGAAACACAUCCCAUAUCCAGUUGAGCGACCAGUGCCGUACCCAGUCGAGAAGCAAAUCCCGUAUCCCGUCAAAGUGCCAUACAAAGUGGCCGUUGCCGUCCCAUACCCGGUGAAGGCUUACCAACCCGACCACUACGAACACCACGAACACCACGACUACCAUCACGGCAGCUCCGGAUACUAACGUGACUCCAUUGUAAGCAGCUAGUCACCACCACCAUCCCCCCACAACCCCUUGCCCCCACCCCAAGUUACCAGAUAUUAACUCGCGCGUAAUAUAUAAUAUAAUAAUGCCAUCGUCCUUUUUUUUUAAAAUUUUCUUCGAGCCAAAUCAAAUUCGCCAUCGGGUCAAAUAUAUUAUAUUCGUCCGCUGGCGCGUGUCAUGCAAUCAAAAAAAAUUUAGUCGCGAAUCGCACCGAUAACCUCAAUAUUAUUAUAUCAUCAUAUUCUUCGUGUUCAAUAUCUAUAAUAAUUCUUAGGGAGAAAAACGAAAAAACCAUAAAAAAAAAAGAUCUCGAUAGUUUUCACCACACGGUUGUAUCAACUUUGUUGGGCCGUUGCAAUAUUAUUUUAAUACAACGAUAGUUUAAUACGCACGCGUUGUGAAUAUAACUUUAUAUGAACGACGACGUAACAAUAUCUGCGCGUGUUAUUCGUAUACCUAAGCUCAAUAUAUUAUGUAUACAUUAUUUUUUUUUUUAAUUACAUUUUUUAUUAAUAUACGUUUAUUAAUUGAAUCUAUGUUUACAGAUAUGUAAAAAUACAAUAUAUAAUAUGUUUAAAUAUAUUAUACGUUGGUAGAAAUUGACGUGACGAAUUUAAUAAACGAUACAAUAUAUUAUAAUAUAUUGUGUAGUAUAUAAAA